AUGGCAGGCAUGCACCCCGCCUUCCAGGCGGUCUUGUUCUACUCGGUGCUGAUGGUCAUCACGAACCAGUCGCCGAGCUACCCAUUGAGCAAGGACAUUCACAAUCUCCUUGAUUGGUAUCGACUCCGUCCCUCAAGCUUGGCCCCGCUGAAGGUGGCCUUUUCCCAGGCGCCGGCCCCGGGCAACUCGCAGAUAACCACCUUCCGGCUGCCGGGGAUUCGCCCGCAGACAUUGGCCAUCGGGACGUUCGCCGGGACCGAGGCCCACAUGCAGUGGGGGGACUUCGCCAGUUCCUUCAGCAUGCUGGCCCUGACAACCCUGCCGGCCGAGGCCGGGGUCAUCGAGGUGUCCAGCUUGCGGGAGAUCGCCGCCACGGCCGGGCGCAAGGUCGACACGGCGGCCUUCCGCGACCAGCUGGCGCUGUGGAAGUUCAAUGGCCACACCCAGUCGUCGUAUCCGCGGCGCGAUGGGCCGGUCUAUGCCUCGGCCGAGGAUUCCUUCCACCUGGUGGAUCCGUACACCCGUCGGCGCAUGUUCCCGGCCUCGGAGCAGGCCAGGCUGCUGGAGGUGCUGGCCCGGCCGCCGGCCGAGGCCGAGGCCACCCCGGUGGUCACCAUCGACUAUGGGCUCCUGCAUCGGCUGCUGCCGUUGGGGCUGCUCCGGAGCGAGGCCCUAGCCUUGACCGGCAGCCCGGCGGCCGCGCUGCUGACCCUCAGCGGCUCGCCGAUGUUGCGGCUGCUGCUGCGCCGGGCGCCGGCCGUGCCGCGGCUCUGCCUCAAGCCCGGGCCCGAUGGGCGGCCGAGCGUGGUCGAGGAUGCCACCGGUCCGGGGCUGGACCCGGUUUUGCCGGUGGCCGAGGCCGCGGCCUUCCUGGUGUCCGACAUGGGGCCCCUGUCGAUGGAGGGGCUGGGGCAGGAGCAUGAGCUGGCCGCCGCCCGGGUGGCCCGUGCCGGGCGCCAGGCCAUGCAGGCCUUCGACCUGUAUGUGCUCUUCAUGCGGGAGGGCGCCCCCGGGGGGGACUUCGGUGCCUUUUUGGCCGCCGCCCGUCGGCUGGAAGACGAGCACCGGCUGGCCAACAUGCGCCAAGAGCUGGCCGAGGUCUCGGACGCCGGGACCGGCUUCCAGCUGGAUGUGGCCACCCCGCGGUCGGCCCGGCCGAUGGCCAACCUGCGGGCGGCCUUCCAGAUGGACAGCCUGUACCGCGACAUGGAGCGCACCAAGGGAGACUUCGCGGCGGCCCUGCAGGCCCUGGAGCAUCCCGACGCCGGGGAGGCGGCCGACUCGGCGGUGGCGCCGGGCACAGCCGGCCCGGUGUCCGGCGGCGGCCUGGCCCGGGGCCUGGAGCGUCUGCAGGCGUUGGCCCCCGGGGCGGCGGUCGACUCGCCGGAGUUCCGAGCUGCCUUCGAGCAGGAACUUCGCCAAUCGCUGGUCGCCCUGGCCCAGGAGGAGCUCGCGCGUGCCAAUGACCAGUAUCACCGCCAGGUGCAGGCCCAUGCCCGGGCUCUCCAGGCCGUGGAGGACUGCUUCUUUGCCGAUCGCGCGGAGGGGUACCUCCUGCGGUAUGGCAUGACCGCCUUCCCGACCGUGUCCUUCGGCAUGCUGACGGCUCCGAUCAUUCGGCCGGACACCCUGCGCCGGUGGAACCCCCUGGACUACCUGGUGGCCUUGCGGUCCUCCACCACGGAGGAUGGCUUCACCCCGCUGCAGUCGUCCACCGAGCGCCGGGUGUCGGAGACCCUGCACGCUUGCGUACCGGAGCUAUACCGCGUGCUGGCGAUCAUCCGCCUGCAGGAGGGCGAGUGGCUCGAGGCCCUGGCGUACGCUGGCCGGGCAUUGGAAAUGCUCCCCGACAAGUAUAUCUCCCCCUCGCUGAAUCCCUAUGUGCUGGAUGUGGAUGACGAACGCUUUGCACGGGGGACAUUGCUGGCCCUUCGGGCGGCCUGCCUGCUGAAGCUGGGCCUACAUCAGGAGGCCUUGGAAGAGGCGAACAAGGUGCUCACGGAACUUCGCACGUCCCUGCUCACCCCGGCCGUCAUCCGGUCGCUGAGCACCUACCAGCAGGACGUCAUGCCCACUCCUCCGGCGGAGCCCGACGAGGAGGCCAUCUACUUCCCGGCCGCGGCCGGGCUCCCGCAAAAUGCGCCGGUUGUGCACAACUUCUCCGAUGCCCGGGCCCUGUGCAAUGCCUUUGCGGUGGCCGGCGAGGUGCUUUUCUCCUCCCAGCAGUACCCGGAGGCGUUGGCCUCCCUGCGCUUUGCCAUCGCCCUGCAGCGCAUCCUGCCGAACAAUGCCUCCUUCUUGACUCCGGGCUUCGGCGGCGACGCCAGCCUCCGGCAUUUGGAGGCUCCCUACUUCCGAUGCAACCGGGAGAACAUCCACGCGCAGCGUUCUCCCAUGGCGGGUCCCAGGGCGGCGGCGGCGGCGGCGGCGGCGGCGCCAACGCCAACGGCCACCGGUCCGCCCGCGCCUCCGCCCCCACGCGCCUGA